UUUCUAAUGGCACCGCCGAGUUCUGCUUUUAACAUUGUACUGAGUAUUAUGCUAGAGAUAUAUAAAGGGGGUGAUGUGCUAGAACUCCGCGAGUUUUCACUUUUGUGGGCAUUUUUAACGUUUUGGAGGUAUUUCUCGACAUUUUCCGAACCAAGGGUAGUUUUUUCUAAGGGCACCCCCGAGUUCUGCUUUUGAAAUUGUACAGAAUUUUAUGCUAAAGAUAUUUGAGGGGAGUGCUGCGUUAGAACUCUGCUUCUUUUUACUUUUGAGUGAAUUUUUGUGGUUUCGAAGGUAUUUCUCGACAUUUUCCCAA